GAAGAAGGAGAGGUGCCAAUAUUUCAUGACGGUCCAUGCAGGAGCAUAUAUUCAUCAGAGGGAAGGUUUAUUCAUGAGAUGGAGAAGGGCAACAUGUAUCGUACAAGAGACCCCGAUAAGGCGCUUGUCUAUUUUCUUCCCUUUAGUGUGGUUAGAAUGGUUCAGUACCUGUAUAUGCCCGACUCACAUGAUCGACAUGGUAUGAAGCUUGCUAUCACUGACUACGUCAAUCUCAUCACUCAAAAGCAUCCCUUCUGGAACCGAAGCCUUGGCGCUGACCAUUUCAUGCUAUCUUGUCACGACUGGGCGCCAUUUACAACAUCCUUUGUCCCCCUAUUAUUUCAUAAGUCAAUUAGAGUUUUGUGCAAUGCAAAUACUUCAGAAGGAUUUAAUCCCUCCAAAGAUGCGUCGUUUCCAGAAAUAAAUCUUAAAACAUCAGAAAUGUCAGGGCUUGGUGGCCAGUCUCCAUCAACUCGAUCCACCCUAGCUUUCUUUGCAGGUCGUCUGCAUGGCCAUAUCAGGUCCCUUCUUCUGAAUGAAUGGAAAGGCAAAGACCGAGAU